AUGGGUCACCCAGAAGAAGUCGAUGUCAUCGUUGCUGGCGGAGGCCCCGCAGGCUGUGUCGUCGCCGGACGGCUUGCAUAUGCUGACCCCAACCUCAAGGUCAUGCUCAUCGAAGGUGGUGCCAACAACCGCGAUGAUCCCUGGGUUUACCGACCUGGCAUUUACGUGAAGAACAUGCAACGCGACGGAAUCAACGACAAGGCUACAUUCUACACCGAUGCUCAACCUUCCCCGCAUCUGAGAGGAAGGCAAAGCAUCGUACCGUGCGCUAACAUCCUUGGUAUUUAUUUCUUCAUCCACCAUGACUUCAAUGCCGAUGGUUGGACAGCUAAGGACCUUCUUCCUCUUAUGAAGCGGCUCGAAAACUACCAGAAACCGGUUAACAAUGAUACUCACGGAUACGAUGGUCCAAUCGCCAUCAGUAACGGUGGCCAGGUCACUCCCCUUGCUCAGGACUUUUUGAGAGCUGCACAUGCCAUUGACGUUCCCUUCAGUGACGACAUUCAGGAUCUUACUACUGCUCACGCUUCUGAAAUCUGGGCCAAAUACAUCAAUCGUCAAACUGGUCGCCGCAGCGAUGCUGCCACUGCAUACGUCCACAGCGUCAUGGACAUCCAGAGUAACCUAUACUUGCGCACGAAUGCCCGUGUGUCUCGCGUAAUAUUUGAGGGCACCAAGGCUGUCGGUGUCGCAUAUGUUCCAUCCAGAAAUCGUGCCAACAACGCUGCGGUUCAGGAGACCAUCGCCAAAGGUCCGGGCUCGCAAGAUGGUUGUAUUGAGCAGUGGAACUCUAGGUACUCCACAGGUGGGAUUUUGGAGCGGUCUGGUGUCGGGUCUGCGGGUCUGCUCAAACAACUCGAUGUCAAGGUCAUCAGUGACCUUCCUGGCGUGGGCGAGGAAUACCAAGAUCACUACACAACUCUGUCCAUUUACCGUGUCUCUAACGAGUCGAUAACCAAGGAGAUUUUCGCCGAGUGGGAGGUGAGCCCAGAGAAGGCACGCCUGUCAUCGAAUGCCAUCGAUGCCGGUUUCAAGAAAUGGGUACCAGAAUUCAAUGCUCUUUGGGACAGGUACUUCAAAGACAAGCCUGAUAAGCCUGUCAUGUUUGGAUCUAUCGUCUCGGGAGCUUAUGCGGAUCAUUCGCUCCUUCCUCCCGGCAAGUACAUGACAAUGUUCCAAUACCUCGAAUACCCUGCUAGCCGUGGAAAGAUCCACAUCACUUCUCCCAAUCCUUAUGUUGAGCCCUUCUUUGACAGUGGCUUCAUGAACAAUAAGGCCGACUUCGCCCCCAUCCGCUGGAGCUAUAAGAAGACUCGCGAGGUUGCGAGACGCAUGGAUGCCUUCCGUGGCGAGCUUACUUCUCACCACCCACACUUCCACCCUGCUUCACCCGCCGCUGCUCGUGACAUUGACAUCAAGACAGCCAAGCAGCUGAUGCCCAACGGCUUCACUGUUGGCAUCCACAUGGGUACCUGGCACAAGCCUGGUGAACCAUACAACGCAAGCAUGGUGCAUGAUGAUAUCAAGUACACCGAGGAGGAUGACGAGGCCAUUGAUAAUUGGAUUGCAGGUGAGAACUCUCGGAGACUCUCCAUUAUCUCACCUCUGAGCUUCCAAAAACGCGCAGAUCACGUCGAGACUACCUGGCACAGUCUAGGAACCUGCGCUAUGAAGCCUCGUGCAGAGGGAGGCGUUGUUGAUCCUCGCCUCAAUGUCCAUGGCACCCAGAACUUGAAGUGUGUCGACUUGAGUAUCUGUCCUGACAAUUUGGGUACUAACACCUACUCGUCUGCGCUGCUCGUGGGCGAGAAGGGCGCAGAUCUUAUCUGCGAGGACCUUGGCAUCAAGGUCAGGACGCCUCACGCCCCUGUUCCCCAUGCGCCCAUCCCCGUUGGUCGCCCUACAACUCAGCUUGCCCGUUGA